AUGGCAAUUAGAUUAAUAGUCAGACAGAAAAGUAAUAUUGAUACGAUUGUUCUCUACAAUGCAAGGAAGUUUUACAUUGCAAAAURAGGCCAUAAACGCUGGACAAAGGCGUUCCUUGCUUGCCCAGGCCUAACCGAGUAUACCAGCACAUGGCCGCCAUCACCGGACCUCGUCGAAUAUAAAACUCAUAACAAACACAAAGAAAUACGAGAAAUUACACUGUUUAAAAGACAAGUGUUGUCUCAAAUUACAGUAGCUGCACCGGCCAGUCCUCUAAACUACCUUGUUCUCAACAUCAAAGAUAGCAAUCCUUUAUACCCACUGAUGAACAGUCAAGUCAUUAAGCCUUCUCAACAUUACAACCUGAGAUCAUGUGGGAAAAAGUACACUGACACUAAGUCCACUAAUCGUGUUGUAAAUAUCUGUUGAAUUGUCAAUUUAUUAGUUUAUUAUUAUUGACCUGCACU